AUGGAGGAUUGCCCUAUGUAUAAACUUGAAGUUCAGGAGGUGUCUAUAUGGGGCUUACUUGAUUCAGGGGCUGAUCACAGCAUUAGAAAAGAAGCAGAUUGGCCAAAACGUUGGCCCCUUCAGACCUCUGCUCAAACUCUUCGAGGUCUUGGAUUUGCACAAGACCCCAGAUGCAGUGCUAGUGUACUCCGUUGGAAGGAUGAGAAGGGGCAUAGGGGCAGUUUUCAGCCAUUUGUUCUUCAAAUCCCUGUUUCAUUUUGGAGAAGAGAUGUUAUGACCAAGAUGGGUGUAAAAAUGGUUUCAGAAAAGACUUAUAGUUUGCAAGUCAAGCUAUCAUGGACGGGAUGA